AGCCGCGGGGCCUUCUAAGUCCGAAAGUCUCCGGAGCUUGCGCCAGGCUCUUCGCGGCGUCCACCCCUUAGACGCAAGUUGCUGAAGCCGGCCGGGGAGAAGGCGUUGUUGCCGGAGCUGAGACCGGGCGGUCACAGUCCGCAGGGAUGAACCUCGAGUUGCUGGAGUCCUUUGGGCAGAACUAUCCAGAGGAAGCUGAUGGAACUUUGGAUUGUAUCAGCAUGGCUUUGACUUGCACCUUUAACAGGUGGGGCACACUGCUUGCUGUUGGCUGUAAUGAUGGCCGAAUUGUCAUCUGGGAUUUCUUGACAAGAGGCAUUGCUAAAAUAAUUAGUGCACACAUCCAUCCAGUGUGUUCUUUAUGCUGGAGCCGAGACGGCCAUAAGCUCGUGAGUGCCUCCACUGAUAACAUAGUGUCACAGUGGGAUGUUCUUUCAGGCGACUGUGACCAGAGGUUUCGAUUCCCUUCACCCAUCUUAAAAGUCCAGUAUCAUCCGCGAGAUCAGAACAAGGUUCUCGUGUGUCCCAUGAAAUCUGCUCCUGUCAUGUUGACCCUUUCAGAUUCCAAACAUGUUGUUCUGCCGGUGGAUGAUGACUCCGAUUUGAACGUUGUGGCAUCUUUUGAUAGGCGAGGGGAAUAUAUUUAUACAGGAAACGCAAAAGGCAAGAUUUUGGUCCUAAAAACAGAUUCUCAGGAUCUUGUUGCUUCCUUCAGAGUAACAACUGGAACAAGCAAUACCACGGCCAUUAAGUCAAUUGAGUUUGCCCGGAAGGGGAGUUGCUUUUUAAUUAACACAGCAGAUCGAAUAAUCAGAGUUUAUGAUGGCAGAGAAAUCUUAACGUGUGGAAGAGAUGGAGAGCCUGAACCUAUGCAGAAAUUGCAGGAUUUGGUGAAUAGGACCCCAUGGAAGAAAUGUUGUUUCUCUGGGGAUGGGGAAUACAUCGUGGCAGGUUCUGCGCGGCAGCACGCCCUGUACAUCUGGGAGAAGAGCAUUGGCAACCUGGUGAAGAUUCUCCAUGGGACGAGAGGAGAACUCCUCUUGGAUGUAGCUUGGCAUCCUGUUCGACCCAUCAUAGCAUCCAUCUCCAGUGGAGUGGUAUCUAUCUGGGCACAGAAUCAAGUAGAAAACUGGAGUGCAUUUGCACCAGACUUCAAAGAAUUGGAUGAAAAUGUAGAAUAUGAAGAAAGGGAAUCAGAGUUUGAUAUUGAAGAUGAAGAUAAGAGUGAGCCUGAGCAGACAGGGGCUGAUGCUGCGGAAGAUGAGGAAGUGGAUGUCACCAGUGUGGACCCUAUCGCUGCCUUCUGUAGCAGUGAUGAAGAGCUGGAAGAUUCAAAGGCUCUAUUGUAUUUACCCAUUGCCCCUGAGGUAGAAGACCCAGAAGAAAAUCCUUACGGCCCCCCACCGGAUGCAGUCCAAACCUCCUUGAUGGAUGAAGGGGCUAGUUCAGAGAAGAAGAGGCAGUCCUCAGCAGAUGGGUCCCAGCCACCUAAGAAGAAGCCCAAAACAACCAAUAUAGAACUUCAAGGAGUACCAAAUGAUGAAGUCCAUCCACUACUGGGUGUGAAGGGGGAUGGCAAAUCCAAGAAGAAGCAAGCAGGCCGGCCUAAAGGAUCAAAAGGUAAAGAGAAAGAUUCUCCAUUUAAACCGAAACUCUACAAAGGGGACAGAGGUUUACCUCUGGAAGGAUCAGCGAAGGGUAAAGUGCAGGCGGAACUCAGCCAGCCCUUGACAGCAGGAGGAGCAAUCUCAGAACUGUUAUGAAGACCUUUGAAGUUCUUCAUUCUUUCCCACUUUGCCAUCAUGUGGCCUCUGGACACUGUGGUCAGUCAUUUGAAAAUUGACUUUAAUUUAAAAAAAAGGCGUGUGCCUCCCACCCAGGAGGUGGGAGGGUGAAUUUUAUGUUUAAAUGAAGAAGUGAAUUAUGGAAGAAGAGUAUACGACCUUCCCUUCCCUUUCAAGCAUAAGUCCAAAUAGACUCUCAGGAAUGAAGAUUUGUGAAGACAUCAGAUAGGAAUUUUGACUCAUUUAAACUUUGAUGCCUAGUUAUGUUGCUGGAGAAAAAAUACCUGUGUUUUGCUCAUCUAACUUUAUUGUACCCAGCGUCAUUUUGACCUGUCAUUUCCUAUCUCCCAUUUGCCUUCUGUCCUCAAUGCAUGUCCUCGAGUGACUUCUUAUCUGAAAUUUUGCUACUGGUAUCCUAGGAAAACUUUUGUUGCAUACUCUCAUUUUAAACUUCUCCUCUCCCCUAAUACCUCCUAUAUUUCCAUAUUGUGUGCAAAGGAUGGGCAGAAAAGAAAGUGCUUGAAAGAUUUCAAAUUUUCAGAAAGGGAACAAUGAAGGCCCUCUCUUCCUCCCAUACCACAUUUUGCCCAAGAAGCCGGGCUGUAACAAUUCAGGGUUUUCCCUUGUUUUCCUCUCAUUGCAUGUUUCCCUCCAAUCUUGGUUCAUUGUCAUUAAUCAUGGUUUUUGAAGAUAGCUAGUUUUAUCCAUCUCCAGCAAUGAAUCAUCAAUAGUUUAUAUUGCUUUACCUGUGCUGGCUUCCAGAGAUGGAAACAAACCCAGGUGUCUCUCAACAAGCUACUUUUUUACUGGGUUGGGGGAAUGAAUCAUCAAUAGUUUAUAUUGCUUUACCUGUGCUGGCUUCCAGAGAUGGAAACAAACCCAGGUGUCUCUCAACAAGCUACUUUUUUACUGGGUUGGGGGAAUCUAUGCAAGGAGUAAAGUAAAACCAUCCGAAUCAAAGCAGCAAACCACAUAGUUCAAAUCAAAGAUCAAGGUGAAUUUUUUGUAUCACUGCCUGUGGAAAUCUAGCCUCAUCAGUCAUUGCAUUUUUCCCUUCCUGUACCUGUGCUCCUUUUUCUUACUGUGUUUUCAGUCACUUCCUUUCUGUGAAAGGUUGCUUAGCCUUUUUUUUUUUUUUUUUACAUUUGUUUUUCUUUAUAUAAAAAUAGCAGAUUGGAUAGAUGUGUACAUUUGAUGUUUGAAAUUCUCUGAAAAUCCCAUUAGGAAACCAGGUGUGAAAAGGGCUCAGUAGUUCUCUGAGUGGUGUUUUUAGCUGACUGGAAGUGCUUAACCUGGAUUGUCUUUUUUUAUCAGUAUUUUAAAAGGAGAAUUUAAAUACUGUGCUUACUGUGAAAUAUAUCAGUUGGUGAGCCGGGCGCGGUGGGUCACGCCUGUAAUCCCAGCACUUUGGGAGGCUGAGGCAGGUGGAUCACCUGAGGUCAGGAGUUCGAGACCAGCCUGGCCAACAUGGUGAAAGCCUGUAUCUAUUAAAAGACAAAAAUUAGUUGGGUGUGGUGGCGCAUGCCUAUAAUCCCAGCUACACCGGAGGCUGAGUCAGGAGAAUCACUUGAACCUGGGAGGCAGAGGUUACAGUGAGUGGAGAUCGCACCACUGCCCUCCAGCCGGGAUGACAGAAUGAGACUCCAUCUCAAAAAAAAAAAAAAUAUAUAUAUAUAUAUAUAUAUAUAUAUAUAUAUAUCAGAUAUAUCAGUUGGUGGAUGCUCCUAUAGGUAACCAAACACAUUGAUUACCUUUUAGAUUUUAGGAUAGAAAUCAAAGUAGAGCACGUCAGUAAGAGCCUCUUUGUCUCACUCCAUCAUUUGGAACCAGUAUAUUCAGUAGUCGAAGAAAGAGCUCUCCCUGAGUCAGUUGCAAAAUGUCUAUAUUUUUAGAUGCCGCUACAUUUUUCUUACUCGUUUUGAGACUGUCAUGAGUUAGACCAGUGGUUGAGAUGAGUUGGUGGCUCACUAGACAUAUUUUUGUUUUGCAGACAUUAUAUCCAUUCCAGUCCUCUGCACUAUACACUGCAGCAGUGUGCAAAGUAUGGGACUUAGAGGGUUUCUGCCAUAUUUCCAUGUGUGAAGUAGCUUGGUUUCCUUUGCCUGUGCAUCUGGAUGUUUGUGCUAUGUCCACCUCCUAAACUGGUUACUGAGAAAAUCAUCUUCAGCCCUGUCAGAUUGUCUCUGGCGGUAGCUCCUAAUAAUUAUUUAUGUUUUUGGAAUUUUUUUUUCAACUUUUAAAACCUUCUAUCCAUUUCAAUUUGAAUUAUUUGAUUUGUACAAUAUAUGUAUAUUCUCUUCCGUUUUGUCAUCCCUGCCCUGCCACCCCCAAAAUUUUGUUUUUAAAAAUAUUCUGGGCUGGGCAUGGUGGCUCACACCUGUAGUCCCAGCACUUGGGGAGGCCGAGGCUGUUGGAUCAUCUGAGGUCAGGUGUUUGAGACCAGCCUGGCCAACAUGGUGAAACCCCGUCUCUACUAAAAAUACAAAAAUUAGCUGGGCGUGGUGGCAGGCGCCUGUAAUCCCAGCUACUUGGGAGGCUGAGGUAGGAGAAUUGCUUGAACCCAGGAGGCGGAGGUUGCAGUGAGCCAAGAUUGCGCCACUGCACUCCAGCCUGGGUGACAGAGCAAGACUCCAACUCAAAAAAAAAAAAAAAAAAAAAAAUUCUGUAGUUUUGUACAAGAUGAGACUUAGCCUUGGGUACUUCUUGCUGAAGCUUUAAUGCUUUGUAAAUAAAAUCGGAUGUUUAUUAAAGAA